CAUAAAGGCGCCCGGGGGGCCGAGGCGGCAGCGGGUGCUGGAACCGGGGGGCGAGCGACUCCGACCACUUCCCACGCGAGACCCAGAGACACAGGAUGGGCGACGCCCAGCUGGCCGAGUUCGGGGCGGCCGCCCCCUUCCUGCGCAAGUCGGAGAGGGAGCGGCUGGAGGCGCAGACGCGGCCCUUCGACCUGCGCGCCGAGUGCUUCGUCCCCGACGAGCGCGACGAGUUCGUCAGGGCCCGCGUGGUGGCCCGCGACGGCGCCGCCGUCACCGUCCACACCGAGCACGGCAAGACCCUGACGGUGAAGGAGGCCGACGUCCACCAGCAGAACCCGCCCAAGUUCGACAAGAUCGAGGACAUGGCCAUGCUCACCUUCCUGCACGAGCCCGCCGUCCUCUACAACCUCAAGGAGCGCUACGCCGCCUGGAUGAUCUACACCUACUCGGGGCUCUUCUGCGUGACGGUCAACCCCUACAAGUGGCUGCCCGUCUACAACGCCGAGGUGGUGGCCGCCUACCGGGGCAAGAAGCGCAGCGAGGCCCCGCCCCACAUCUUCUCCAUCUCCGACAACGCCUACCAGUCCAUGCUCACCGACCGGGAGAACCAGUCCAUCCUCAUCACCGGAGAAUCCGGGGCGGGGAAGACGGUGAACACCAAGCGGGUCAUCCAGUACUUCGCCAGCAUCGCCGCCAUCGGCGACCGCAAGAAAGAGGUGGCCAAUAGCAGCAAGGGCACCCUGGAGGAUCAAAUCAUCCAGGCCAACCCCGCCUUGGAGGCCUUCGGCAACGCCAAGACCGUCCGCAACGACAACUCGUCCCGAUUCGGGAAGUUCAUCCGGAUCCACUUCGGGGCCACCGGGAAGCUGGCGUCGGCCGACAUCGAGACCUACCUCCUGGAGAAGUCCCGCGUCAUCUUCCAGCUCAAGGCCGAGAGGAACUACCACAUCUUCUACCAGAUCCUCUCCAACAAGAAGCCGGAGCUGCUCGAGACGCUGCUCAUCACCAACAACCCCUACGACUACAGUUACGUCUCCCAAGGGGAGGUGACCGUGGCCUCCAUCGACGACUCGGAGGAGCUGAUGGCCACCGACAGCGCUUUCGACGUGCUGGGCUUCACCGGGGAGGAGAAGGCCGGCGUCUACAAGCUGACGGGCGCCAUCAUGCACUUCGGCAACAUGAAGUUCAAGCAGAAGCAGCGGGAGGAGCAGGCGGAGCCCGACGGCACCGAAGAUGCGGACAAGUCGGCCUACCUGAUGGGGCUGAACUCGGCCGACCUCCUCAAGGGGCUCUGCCACCCCCGCGUCAAGGUGGGCAACGAGUACGUCACCAAGGGGCAGAAUGUCCAGCAGGUGUACUACUCCAUCGGGGCCCUGGCCAAGGCCGUCUACGAGAAGAUGUUCAACUGGAUGGUGGUGAGGAUCAACAACUCCCUGGAGACCAAGCAGCCGCGGCAGUACUUCAUCGGCGUGCUGGACAUCGCCGGCUUCGAGAUCUUCGACUUCAACAGCUUCGAGCAGCUCUGCAUCAACUUCACCAACGAGAAGCUGCAGCAGUUCUUCAACCACCACAUGUUCGUGCUGGAGCAGGAGGAGUACAAGAAGGAGGGCAUCGAGUGGGAGUUCAUCGACUUCGGCAUGGACCUCCAGGCCUGCAUCGACCUCAUCGAGAAGCCCAUGGGGAUCAUGUCCAUCCUGGAGGAGGAGUGCAUGUUCCCCAAGGCCACCGACAUGACCUUCAAGGCGAAGCUCUUCGACAACCACCUGGGCAAGUCGGCCAACUUCGGGAAGCCGCGCAACGUCAAGGGCAAGCCCGAGGCCCACUUCUCGCUCAUCCACUACGCCGGCACGGUGGACUACAACAUCCUGGGCUGGCUGGAGAAGAACAAGGACCCCCUCAACGAGACGGUGGUGGGCCUCUACCAGAAGUCGGCCCUCAAGCUCCUGGCCAGCCUCUUCUCCAACUACGCCGGGGCGGACGCCGGGGGUGAUGGAGGCAAGGGGAAAGGCUCCAAGAAGAAAGGCUCCUCCUUCCAGACGGUCUCGGCCCUGCACCGGGAGAACCUCAACAAGCUGAUGGCCAACCUCAAGACCACCCACCCCCACUUCGUCCGCUGCAUCAUCCCCAACGAGCGGAAGGCGCCCGGCGUGAUGGACAACCCCCUGGUGAUGCACCAGCUGCGCUGCAACGGGGUGCUGGAGGGCAUCCGCAUCUGCCGCAAGGGCUUCCCCAACCGCAUCCUCUACGGGGACUUCCGCCAGCGCUACCGCAUCCUCAACCCCGCCGCCAUCCCCGAGGGGCAGUUCAUCGACAGCCGCAAGGGCGCCGAGAAGCUCCUGGGGUCCCUCGACAUCGACCACAACCAGUACAAGUUCGGGCACACCAAGGUCUUCUUCAAGGCGGGGCUGCUGGGGCACCUGGAGGAGAUGCGGGACGAGCGCCUCUCCCGCAUCAUCACCCGCAUCCAGGCCCAGGCCCGGGGGCAGCUCAUGCGCAUCGAGUUCAAGAAGAUCCUGGAGCGCCGGGACGCGCUGCUGGUGAUCCAGUGGAACAUCCGGGCCUUCAUGGGGGUGAAGAACUGGCCCUGGAUGAAGCUCUACUUCAAGAUCAAGCCCCUGCUGAAGAGCGCCGAGACGGAGAAGGAGAUGCAGACCAUGAAGGAGGAGUUUGGGCGGCUGAAGGAAGCGCUGGAGAAGUCGGAGACGCGGCGGAAGGAGCUGGAGGAGAAGAUGGUCUCGCUGCUGCAGGAGAAGAACGACCUGCAGCUGCAAGUCCAGGCCGAGCAGGACAACCUCAACGACGCCGAGGAGCGCUGCGACCAGCUGAUCAAGAACAAGAUCCAGCUGGAGGCCAAGGUGAAGGAGCUCACGGAGCGGCUGGAGGACGAGGAGGAGAUGAACGCCGAGCUGACGGCCAAGAAGAGGAAGCUGGAGGACGAGUGCUCGGAGCUCAAGAAGGACAUCGACGACCUGGAGCUGACGCUGGCCAAGGUGGAGAAGGAGAAACACGCCACGGAGAACAAGGUCAAGAACCUCACGGAGGAGAUGGCCGGGCUGGACGAGAUCAUCGCCAAGCUGACGAAGGAGAAGAAGGCGCUGCAGGAGGCUCACCAGCAGGCGCUGGACGACCUGCAGGCGGAAGAGGACAAGGUCAACACCUUGACCAAGGCCAAAGUGAAGCUGGAGCAGCAGGCGGAUGACCUCGAAGGGUCCCUGGAGCAGGAGAAGAAGAUCCGGAUGGACCUGGAACGGGCCAAGCGGAAGCUGGAAGGCGACUUGAAGCUCACCCAAGAGAACAUCAUGGACCUGGAGAACGACAAGCAGCAGCUGGAGGAGAAGCUCAAGAAGAAAGAGUUUGAGAUCAACCAGCAGAACAGCAAGAUCGAGGACGAGCAAGCGCUGGCCCUGCAGCUCCAGAAGAAGAUGAAGGAGCUGCAGGCGCGGAUCGAGGAGCUGGAGGAGGAGCUGGAGGCGGAGCGCACGGGGCGGGCCAAGGUGGAGAAGCUGCGCUCGGAGCUGUCGCGGGAGCUGGAGGAGAUCAGCGAGCGGCUGGAGGAGGCGGGCGGCGCCACCUCGGUGCAGAUCGAGCUCAACAAGAAGCGGGAGGCCGAGUUCCAGAAGAUGCGGCGCGACCUGGAGGAGGCCACGCUGCAGCACGAGGCCACGGCCGCCGCGCUGCGCAAGAAGCACGCCGACAGCGUGGCCGAGCUGGGCGAGCAGCUCGACAACCUGCAGCGCGUCAAGCAGAAGCUGGAGAAGGAGAAGAGCGAGCUCAAGCUGGAGCUGGACGACGUCAGCUCCAGCAUGGAGCAGCUCGUCAAGGCCAAGGUGGGCAUGGAGAAGGUGUCCCGCAGCCUGGAGGACCAGGCGGCCGAGCACCGGGCCAAGCUGGAGGAGACGCAGCGAGCCCUCAACGACGCCAGCGCCCAGCGGGCCAAGCUCCAGACCGAGAACGGAGAGCUGUCCCGCCAGCUGGAGGAGAAGGAGGCCCUCAUCUCGCAGCUCACCCGCGGCAAGCAGUCGUACACCCAGCAGCUGGAGGACCUCAAGAGGCAGCUGGAGGAGGAAGCGAAGGCCAAGAACGCGCUGGCGCACGCCCUGCAGUCGGCCCGGCACGACUGCGACCUGCUGCGGGAGCAGUACGAGGAGGAGACGGAGGCCAAGGCCGAGCUGCAGCGCGCCCUGUCCAAGGCCAACUCCGAGGUGGCCCAGUGGAGGACCAAGUACGAGACGGACGCCAUCCAGCGCACCGAGGAGCUGGAGGAGGCCAAGAAGAAGCUGGCGCAGCGGCUGCAGGAGGCCGAGGAGGCGGUGGAGGCGGUGAACGCCAAGUGCUCCUCGCUGGAGAAGACCAAGCACCGGCUGCAGAACGAGAUCGAGGACCUGAUGGUGGACCUGGAGCGCUCGAACGCGGCGGCCGCCGCGCUGGACAAGAAGCAGAGGAACUUCGACAAGAUCCUGGCGGAGUGGAAGCAGAAGUUUGAGGAGUCGCAGACGGAGCUGGAGGCCUCGCAGAAGGAGGCCCGCUCCCUCAGCACCGAGCUCUUCAAGCUCAAGAACGCCUACGAGGAGUCCCUGGAGCACCUGGAGACCUUCAAGCGGGAGAACAAGAACCUCCAAGAGGAGAUCUCGGACCUGACGGAGCAGCUGGGCGCCAGCCACAAGACCAUCCAUGAGCUGGAGAAGGUCCGGAAGCAGCUGGAUGCCGAGAAGCUGGAGCUGCAAGCAGCGUUGGAGGAAGCCGAGGCCUCGCUGGAGCACGAGGAAGGGAAGAUCCUGCGGGCGCAGCUGGAGUUCAACCAGGUCAAGGCGGACUACGAGCGCAAGCUGGCCGAGAAGGACGAGGAGAUGGAGCAGGCCAAGAGGAACCACCUGCGGGUGGUGGACUCGCUGCAGACCUCCCUGGACGCCGAGACGCGGAGCCGCAACGAGGCGCUGCGGCUCAAGAAGAAGAUGGAGGGCGACCUCAACGAGAUGGAGAUCCAGCUCAGCCACGCCAACCGCGUGGCCGCCGAGGCCCAGAAGCAAGUCAAGACGUUGCAGGGAUACCUCAAGGACACCCAGCUGCAGCUGGACGACGCGGUCCGGGCCAACGAGGACCUGAAGGAGAACAUCGCCAUCGUGGAGCGGAGGAACAACCUGCUGCAGUCGGAGCUGGAGGAGCUGCGGGCGGUGGUGGAGCAGACGGAGCGGGCCCGGAAGCUGGCCGAGCAGGAGCUGAUCGAGGCCAGCGAGCGAGUCCAGCUCCUCCACUCGCAGAACACCAGCCUCAUCAACCAGAAGAAGAAGAUGGAGGCCGACAUCUCCCAGCUGCAGACGGAGGUGGAAGAGGCCAUCCAGGAGUGCCGGAACGCCGAGGAGAAGGCCAAGAAGGCCAUCACCGACGCGGCCAUGAUGGCGGAGGAGCUGAAGAAGGAGCAGGACACGAGCGCCCACCUGGAGCGCAUGAAGAAGAACAUGGAGCAGACCAUCAAGGACCUGCAGCUGCGGCUGGACGAGGCCGAGCAGCUGGCCCUCAAGGGCGGCAAGAAGCAGCUGCAGAAGCUGGAGGCCCGCGUGCGGGAGCUGGAGAACGAGCUGGAGGCCGAGCAGAAGCGCAACGCCGAGAGCGUCAAGGGCCUCCGCAAGUCGGAGCGGCGCGUCAAGGAGCUCAGCUACCAGGCGGAGGAGGACAAGAAGAACCUGCUGCGGCUGCAGGACCUGGUGGACAAGCUGCAGAUGAAAGUCAAGGCCUACAAGCGGCAGGCGGAGGAGGCGGAGGAGCAGGCCAACACCAACCUGGCCAAGUUCCGCAAGGUGCAGCACGAGCUGGACGAGGCGGCGGAGCGCGCCGACAUGGCCGAGGCCCAGGUCAACAAGCUGCGGGCCAAGAGCCGCGAUGUCGGCGCCAAGAAGCUGCACGACGAGGAGUGACCCACCACCGGAGACCUUCCCCAUCUCCCCCCCCCCCCCCCCGCCCAAGACGGGGCCUAACGAAGUAGAAGCAAUUAAUAAAGACGAGCGGCAGCUCUAGCACGGCCUGGAGGGGGCCCAGGCGUCCGGGGCCGGUCGGUCCCUGCCUGUUCCCCCCCGCCCCAAAAAAAAGCCGCAAUCACAGAAAA